AUGUUUUUUUUUUUAAAAGAGGUAGAUGAUAAAAAUAGAAAACCAAGAAAUUAUAAACUUCUUGUAUCAUGUAAUUAAAAAAUAUUAAUAAUGUCAAUUCAAUAACUUAGCUUAUAAAUGAACUAAUCUAUGAAAUCAGAGUUUAACUCAAAGUAUAUAAGUAUUCAAGAAAUUUCUGUCGGCCUAAAAAUAGUGGUAAUUUGAUAUAUAUUUAAUGUAGGAUCCUGUUAAUAAAGUGAUUUUAGUGUUUCAGUUUUGGAACAACUCCAUUUUAAUGGAUUGGAAUCACUUUUUCUAAGAAUUUAAUGUUGGGAAUGUUAACAAUCUAUUUUUCAUCAUUGAAUAUGAAGAGUCUAAAUUUUUUAUAUAUGGAAGUGCCGAAGAUUUAUAAUGUAUAUAUAAAUUCUGUGCUGGAAAGUAUAUUUUUAAAAAGGGAACAUAAAAUAAAACACUUGAAAUUAUUAAGGAGAAACAUGAUUAUCAAGUAAGAAAAUUGUAAUUAUUUACUAGUUGAAAUCAAUACUAGAUUCUUCAAGAUCAAAGAAGUACUAUGAACAUGUCAUUUUGAGUCAAAUGAAUGAUAACUUAGACUUGUCUUUUUAUUCCUAAGUUACAUUUGAAAGUGAGAAGAUUUUUCCUUUAGAAAUUUAAAUUAUACAAGACUUAAAUAUCACUUCUACACCUCAUAUGAUAUAAGUAGAUGCACUAUAUCACGAUGGAGUGUAAUAUUCUUACAUUUAUUAAAAAAAAGAUUUAAUAAAAUUAUCUGUAUAUUACAAUCACACUCAAUUAGAUAACCCUUGUUUUCUGUCUCAUGUUGCACACUAAUUAACACAAUGUAAAUUAUUACAUUAUAAACUUGAUAGUAUUGUUAUCCUUAGAUGAAAAGGGAAUUAUACAUCCAAGUCUUGAUUUAAAAAAUCUUUACAUCAAUCCAAAUUCAUAAGAUAUAGUUCUGGCUUCCUAUUAUUAGGCUUAUUAUUAAUUGAAUAAUGAUGAAAGAAGAAUGUAAUUAUUCUAUCAUUUUAAUUUAGAUGUGUAAAUAUUGGUUAUUCUCCUCCUGAAUACUUUUAGAUUAAUUAAAAACUAACAACUAAAGCUAAUGUUUAUCAAGUUGGCAUUUCAUUAUUUUAAUUGUACUUUAUUCAAUAUCAAAAAUAGAUUACUUGGACACAAUCCAUUUGGUAAAUCUUAUGAAGAAAUGAUAUUCAAUCAUACAAACAAUAAUCUUGAUCUUAAUUAACUUAAUGCUUUUGAUUCUGUUUUAUGUGAUUUCAUUAAAAAAUUACUCGUUUAGGAUUCACUAAAACGACCAUCACCUUAAGAAUUACUAAAGCAUAAGUUAUUUUCACUAUCCCAUAAAGAAUACUUGUCUAAAUAGACUAUGUCAAAACAAUACCAUAAAGAUAUCGAAGAAUUUGUCAUUUUUAGUUAGACAUCAAAUAUCUAAUCCGUAAAACAAACUCUAAAAUUCAAAAAGAGAUUAUGA